AUGUCUAAGAAGUUAAACAUUUUGAAGGCAAAGAUGCCAAAGGCCCCAACGGGAAGAAGGCCAAUUGGGUAUAGAGGAAAUCAUCAACAUGGAAAAUCUUUGUACGACCCCGUUUACCCAACGACCAAGAUUCCCGCGAGCCUGAUUCCGCGCUAUCCCCUUGAUUGGAGAAACGGGGGGAGAUUCUUACUGUGUGUUGGUUUGAGAAGAAUAGAAAAUAGAAUCAUAAAAAAGAUGAAAGAGAGUCAUAAUUUUAAUCUGUCUGAAUGCAAGAUAUGUAACGAUAAGUGUAUAAAAAUUUACAAUAGAUGCUUAUGUGCUUGGUAUUGUAAAUUUAAAUACAGACAUGUUUAUAACUGUGAUAAUUUAUUAAUGGAAUAUAAAGGGGAAAUAAAAACAGAUAAACCUCUUUUUACUAUAAAAAAGGAAGUUGCUAAAAAGAAUGUUCAUAAAUCGGUUGAAUACAUUUAUAAUGAGAAAACCAAAUUAUUCGAAAAUAAAGAAGCAGAUGAUUUAUAUAAAAAAUUUUACAAAAAAAUACAAGAAAAGAGUAAUUCUAAUGAAGAACACUUUUCUGAUUCUGAGUCGGACGCAACGGACAGCGAUGAGGAUUGCUAG